AAAGAGCCUUCGGCACGCACUACAAAGUGGCCAGGAGGGACACAGACCCUGUGUGGACGCUGAGGAGAAGAGAGAUAUCUCUUAGCCAUCCUGGAACCGAAUCAUGAUUCUUCAGUUGUUCAGCGCGUAGCCAACGCUCAAUACCUACUGAGCUACAGUAGCGCAAGAAUAAAAGUAAUACAUUAUAAUUGGUGACGUUUAUUCUGGCCUUGGAGUAAAUUCCCAUUGUCUAACAGAUAUUUAUCAGUAAGAAGAAUUCCGAUGUUAAGCGCUCAAUCAUGAUCAUGUAAACAUCAUGAAUAAAGCAGAGAGAUAGCUGAUUAUGUUCAGCUGGUACUGAGCUACACAGGCGAUGCUAACGUCCCGGCCGAGCACGCCGCAAGUUCAGCAUGUCGGGAAGGAGCAAGGAACCCGCGUCGGUAUUCCCUCAGUACCUCGCAGCAACAGCAGCGAACUUGGCUACAGUGACAGCAGGCGCUGCUCUGGGCUGGACCUCGCCGGCUCAGCCGAAACUGGAAGCCGGAGAAGACAAUGAGGGCUGGAUCGUCCUGUCUUCAGAAGAAACGUCAUGGAUCGGUUCGCUGACUCCAGCAGGAUCAGUAAUUGGACCUAUCCUUGUGGGUCUACUGGCCGAUAGGAUCGGCCGUAAGUGGACACUUCUGUUCACUGUGUGCCCGGCCCUCGUCAGCUGGAUCAUGCUCAUCUUCGUGGACACCCUUGUGCUCAUCUAUGUGGCCAGGUUCAUACUCGGCAUCGCCGUCGGCAUGGUCUAUGCAGUCGCACCCAUGUACGUCGGGGAGAUUGCGGAGAGCCGUAUUCGAGGGGCCCUGGGUUCGUUCCUUCAGCUGCUGGUCGUCACUGGCUACCUGUUCGAGUACUGUGUGGGCCCAUACGUGACGUACACACACCUCGCUAUAGUGUCGGGCUGUGUGCCCGUCAUGUUCGCCGUCUCCUUCGUCCUCUUCCCCGAGUCUCCGUACUACCUACUGGCUAGGGGGAGGCGCGAGGAGGCCGCCAGAGCGUUGCAGUGGCUUAGAGGCCAGAGCCGGGCAGAAGUGCAGGAGGAACUGGACGUCAUAGAGGCGGCUGUCGAAGAAGAGAUGAGGAACAAAUCGAAGCUGAGUGAUCUGAUAGCGACGAAGGGCAACACGAAGGCGCUGUACCUGUCUCUCGGACUCGUCACAGCCCAGCAGUUCUGCGGCAUCAACGCGGUCCUCUUCUACAGUCAGAGCAUCUUCACUUCCAGCGCGGGCUCCCUCGGAGGGGCGGAGUCUACCAUCAUAAUUGGCGUCGUCAUGCUUCUCUCUUCCGGAAUCACGCCCCUAGUCGUCGAGCGAUUGGGAAGGAGGCUGCUUCUCCUCGCCUCGGCAGUCGGAAUGAUAAUUGGAUUGUGUGUUCUAGGUGCUUACUUCUACUUGCUGAACAACGGUACAGACGUGUCUGGUAUACGCUGGUUGCCAGUCCUGUCCCUAGUUUUCUACAUCAUUGUCUACUCUUUUGGUUUUGGUUCGCUUACGUGGGCUGUUGUUGGCGAGCUGUUUGCUUCAAACGUGAAGAGUAACGGUUCAGCCUUAAGCGCCUCUUUCUGCUGGUUCAUCGGCUUCUUCAUCACCAAGUUCUACAGCAACAUGGCGACCGAGCUGGGGAAUCACUACACCUUUUGGAUUUUCGCCGCUCUUACUGCCUGUUCCGGUGUCUUCGUAUAUCUGCUACUCCCGGAAACCAAAGGGAAGUCUCUUCAACAGAUUCAGAUGAUUCUCAACAGAUGACGUAACUGUGGGGUGAUCAUUAGGAUCCUGUGAUAUGCCACGGUGCACGGGCAGUUUGCAGCUCAUUAAUGGACGCUAACAGAGUUCACAAAUACCAUUCAACGUGUUUCGGCCACACAGGGCUACCAUCGGGUGUAUAUGACGAUUUGCGUAUUGUAGUUGUACGUGGAUCCUGAAGGCUGUAUGUCCGAAAAGUUUAAUACUUAAACCAACUUACUACCUGUUAAAAUUUAAUAUAUAAAACUAUUUAAUUAUUUAAAUUAUGUAAAAUGAAGUAAAGUGUAUGUGUCGUGAAUGUUGCACCACACAGUACAUCAUUUCGCAUCAUUGUAAAUAAUUGUUAAAAUCAUGUAAAUAUCCAUCUCUAUGUAUGGCGGAGUAGCAUCUUACGGGGGGGAAGAGAUUAAGAUCUAAAAAUGGCGCGCAAACCCAAAAUCGCUUAUGGUUGGAAUUUCCAUUGAAAAUCCCUGAAAUCGUACAUUAAGUACAUUAUUUUAUAUGUAAUAAACAUGUAUAUAAUGUAAAGACCUAUAAUAUAGAGC